GGCGGAGCGGGGCGCGCGGCUCUGCGCGGCUCUGCGCGCUCUCACGGCUCGGCUCGGCUCGGCACGGCACGGCACGGCUCCGCUCCGCACCGCACCGCUCCGCUCCGCUCCGCUCCCCGCCAUGGCAUCCAAGUGCCCCAAGUGCGACAAGACCGUGUACUUCGCUGAGAAGGUGUCCUCGCUGGGCAAGGACUGGCACAAGUUCUGCCUGAAGUGUGAGCGCUGCAACAAGACGCUGACGCCGGGCGGGCACGCCGAGCACGACGGGAAGCCCUUCUGCCACAAGCCCUGCUACGCCACGCUCUUCGGGCCCAAAGGGGUGAACAUCGGCGGCGCCGGCUCCUACAUCUACGAGAAGCCGCAGAUCGAGGGGCAGACAGCGCCGGGCCCCAUCGAGCACGCCGUGAAGGCGGAGGACAGGAAGGCCAAUGCCGCGCCGCCCAAGGGGCCCAGCAAAGCCUCCAGUGUCACCACCUUCACCGGGGAGCCCAACAUGUGCCCGCGCUGCGGCAAGAGGGUCUACUUCGCUGAGAAGGUGACCUCGCUGGGGAAGGACUGGCACCGUCCCUGCCUGCGCUGCGAGCGCUGCAGCAAGACCCUGACCCCGGGGGGCCACGCGGAGCAUGACGGACAGCCUUACUGCCACAAACCUUGCUACGGGAUCCUCUUCGGGCCCAAGGGUGUGAACACCGGCGCUGUGGGCAGCUACAUCUACGACAAAGACCCCGAGGCCAAGAACCAGCCCUAGAGGGCGGCUGGACAGCCCCGCUCCAUGCCCCGCCACCCUGCCGCUCGUGUGGGCGGCCGGCCGGAGCAGAGCUGCGCCAGGCUGGCCACGGAGCCGGGCUCUGUCGCCCCGCGCCAGCAGCACUGCCCUGCCCUCGGAGUAUAUGUCAUAGUCUCUAAUAUAAGCUUCAGUGUUUAAAUGCAAAGGUGGAAGGUGUCUCUGGUUGUCCCCGAUGUGCUCUGCCCUCCCGAGCCCCUCCUUGCACAGCCAGCGCCCCGCAUGCCCUGCUGGCUCCCCCAGCCCCUCUGCGGGGGGGGCUUUUUUUUGUCAUUUAUUUAUAAGCAGACGCAAACGUGCUCCCAGCUUUGGAGAGCAACACGUGCUCCCCCAGCCAUCACCGCCCCCAGCCUGCCACAGGGCUGGCCCUCUUGGUAUUUGCCCCAAUAAAGGAUUUGAGAGAUG